AUGUGUUUUACUUCAAAGCAAGAAGUGUAUGCAUUUUAUGCAAAAUAUGCGAAGCACUUUGGAUUUGCUAUAGCUUAUGGAACACAAAAUUAUGAUAAUGAUGGGGAACUAAAAUACUUUGGAAUUGAAUGUACUCGAGCAAGGAUGAGAAGAAAAAGAUCGGAAGUGAACCCGCUAGAACCAUCUUUGUCAUCUAAAAAUGAUUGCAAAGCAAAAGUAAGAGGGAGUCUACAAAAGGAUGGAACAUUUAAGUUGACAACCGUUGUGCUGGAGCAUACUUACGACUUGGUUCCUAGUGACUCACGGCAUUUUGCAAUGAAUAAGAGAAUUCUAACUCCUGUGAAAAGAAGAUUAGAAAUAAAUGAUGAGGCAGGGAUAGGAGUGGCUAGGAAUUUUCAUUCUAUGGUUGUUGAAGCGGGGGGAUUUGAGGCAUUAACAUUUGACGAACGAGAUGCCAGGAAUCACAUUGACAAGGCUAGAAGAUUGAGGCUUGGAGUAGGAGAUGCCGAAUCAGUUGCGUUUUAUUUUCAUAGGAUGCAACAACAAAAUUCGAACUUCUACUCUGAAAUGGACUUUGAUGGAGAAGGACGCUUGCGGAACUUAUUUUGGGCAGAUGCAAGGAGUAGGGCAGCUUAUAAAGCAUUUGGAGAUAUUGUCACAUUUGACACAACCUAUCUGACAAACAAAUAUGACAUGCCGUUUGCUCCAUUUGUAGGAGUUAAUCACCAUGGGCAGUUAAUUUUGUUUGGUUGUGGGUUGUUAUGUAAUGAGAACACUGAGACAUUUGUAUGGCUAUUCAGAGCUUGGUUAAGUUGCAUGUCAGACACUCCUCCGAAUGCUAUAAUAACUGACCAGUGCAAAGCUAUGCAAAAUGCCAUACAAAUUGUCUUCCCACAAGCUCGACAUCGUUGGUGUUUAUGGCAUAUACUGAAGAAAAUUCCGGAAAAAUUGAGAGCCUGUUCACAAUAUGAAUCCAUAAAGUUUGCUUUGCAAAAGGCAGUUUAUGAGUCUUUCACAAAAAAUGAAUUUGAUGAAGAAUGGCAAGCAAUGAUUGCAAAGUUUGGUCUACAUGAUAACGAUUGGUUGGGGGGAUUAUAUGAUGAGCGACAUAGGUGGAUUCCUGCCUAUGUGAAAGACAUGUUUUGGGCUGGUAUGUCAACCACACAACGAAAUGAGAGUAUGAAUGCAUUUUUUGAUGGAUAUGUCAACUCGAAAACUACUUUAAAGCAACUUGUUGAGCAGUAUGACAAUGCCUUACGAAGUAAGGUAGAGAAAGAGGCCAAAGCAGAUUUUAAAUCUCGAAACAAAUUGUAUGAUUGCCUAACGAUGUAUGCUUUUGAGAAGCAAUUUCGUGCAGCAUACACAAACACAAAAUUUAAAGAGGUUCAAGUAGAAAUGAAACGAUUAUUUUAUUGUCGUGCCACUCUUGUGGAAGAGAAAGGAUCAAUUUGUACUUAUCAUGUGAAAUAG